CCAACAUUUUCAAAUCGUCUGGCGCUUUCAUUAAGCUAGCUGUAACAGAACGGGCGCUUUCUAAAUUCUCUAGCUGGGAUACUCUUUUCACGCCACUUCGAUACAGCUACGACCGAAAAGGAUUUUCAUAGCAGUUUGAUGGCAUCGAAAAUUCCUAGAUGCGGACAGAGUAAGAGUGUGCGACCUGCUGGCAGUGCUGCAGAAAUGAAGAGGGCGGCCAAUAAAUACGUUUUCAAAGAGACUGCUGUACCGUCAGAUUUCAAUUUCUUUCCCAAAACUGCUAUUUUCAAGCCUCUCAAUGAGAAUGUACCAAGAAAUGUAGCCAAAGUGCAUAAAGGACCUUCCACCAGAAAUGGGCAGCAGUCAGAACUCAAGAGCCAUAAUCAACUUUUACUGGAAGCCAAUGAAGAACUGCAGAAAAACCUUACAGAAACACAGCAAAAAGUUUCCCAGCUGGAGCAACAAUACAGUGACCUCCAAGGAACCAAUGCAGAUGUCCAGAAACAACUGAAGGACUGCCAUGUGCUACUAGUUGCUGGAAAUAUUGAUCCAGUUUUGGGAGAGCAAAUUGGAAAAACUGCACAGCAAAAUGAGGAUCAACAAAGAGAGGUGGUGAACGUAUCCCAAGAUCUGUUACGUGAACUGCGGACAUUUGGUGACAUGGCAACAGAACAAGGUGCACAACUAACAGAAGUUCAAAAGACCAUGAAGGCUCUCACCGAUUCUCGGGAGCAUCUGGUGCAGGAGAGGGGGGUUUUCUCCUUGGAAGUUGAAGAAAUGGAUAAGGCUCUUGAGGAAGCAGAGCAGCUCUUAUUGGAGUAGAUAUUGUGUGUGUGUGUCUUUGAUUUUAAUGUAAGUAUAAAUAAAAAUGUAUCUUUCAACUAACUUUAAGUAAUUUUGAACAUUACUACUUGCAGAAGUUGUUUUCACAGCCAUAUUUUAUUCAUCUAGAAGACUGCACAUUUUAAAAGCGAUUGAAGUGUCAGUGUUAUUUUGCUUGACUAUUAUAAUUUUUUUCGUUCUUGUAUAUUAAACUUUUCAAUUUAUCCCAUGGUAA